AUGAUAAAAUUGUAUUUCCUUUCGUUCUUCUACUCCGCUCUAAAUCACAUCCCGCCCUUCGUUUGGGCUGUUUUCCAUGUGGCUUGUGAUAUCAUCCAAUUUUGGAUGCGGCGCUUGAUGAACUAUUUUCGUCCCAGGUCAAGGAACUUGUACCACGGUGCAAUCCAGGAACUUGAACAAUGCAGCAAUUACGAAGAUUGGUACAACAAAGCAGCUAUCGUUGAUGAGAUCACCGGAGCUGACCUGUGGAGGCGCAAUUUUUAUUCGCAGCGCUACGACGUAAAUUCGGUUCUCGAGCAAUAUGCUGUUCUGGACCAGGCACUUGAGGAGAAUGAUGCCCACACGAUCAUUCAUCGGUUCAGUACUACCGGCCCAUCGAUGCUUCGAAACUUCGCAGGAAUUGUUGACAAAAGACUAUUUACCAAAUCUCUAAUUGGUACCAAACUCCUUAUCGAGCAGUACCUUGAUAAAGUCCUGGAAUGUUUGCAAUUUUUAUGUGAAACCCCAGCUAUGGCCACAACCUCUUUUUUUCAGAGAUGUAAGCUCUCGUUGGGUACAACAGCGUUCAUUUUGCAAGGUGGUUCUCUUUUUGGUCUUUUCCAUCUAGGUGUUAUUCGGGGCCUCCUCGAUCAAAAGUUACUGCCAAAUAUCAUAAGUGGCAGCUCUAUGGGUGCUUGCAUUGGGAGUUUGUGUUCUGUACUCACCAAUGAUGAACUUUUUGCUCUUCUCUCUGGUGACAAUCUUUUGAAUGCAAUCAAGUCUGAUUUAGAGCUGCUGAAAAAAUGUGGAUACGGGAAUAUUGACCAAGACUUGAAUUUAGGCUCCUUAUUGCAAAAUGUCAUACAUCGCGGAUAUUCGAAGGACGUUUUCCUAUUCAUCAAUUUUGUGAACAAGGUUGUCAUCAAGGACUUGACGUUUGAAGAAGCUUUUCAGCGAACGGGGAAAAUUAUCAAUAUAAUUGUUCAUCCAACAGAUAGAAAUCGGUGUCCUUCAUUACUUAACUACGUCACUACGCCCAACGUUCUUAUAGCUUCUGCCAUCGACUGCAGUCUAGGAUCUGAAGUAGUGUCCAGUGGUACCAAAUUACUUUGCAAGAAUCUUAAAAAUGAGAUUGUCGAAUAUAUUCCAGACACAGGGGAUUCUCGCUUAAUAUUUUUGACUCCACAGAACGCAAGCGAAAGUGGCUUGACAGAAAGUCCAUAUACGAGGCUAACCGAGCUUUUCAAUGUAAAUAACUUCAUUGUUUCUCUGGCAAGACCUUAUUUGGCACCCUUAGUGAUAAACGACUUGAAGCAUGAGAUCAAAACUUCAAAAUACUAUUAUUAUAAACACUACCCAACCACCGAUAUGAGUAAUUUUACUCCCUUGCAGCUAUCGAACAUGAAUGAAGUGGAACCACUGGGUUUUAAAUUCCGAUACCACUUGGAGCGAAAAUUAAAACACCUUAUAACUAUGGAAUUCCGCCACAGAGUUGAAGUAUUGGAUAACCUGGGGUUAUUGAGCCAUUGGAUAAAAAGACUUGCAAUUGAUGAGAAAACUCCUAGGUCGGCGACUGAGAUCACGAUUGUUCCAAACUUGAAAAGUCUAUCGUUCAGUAGAGUAAUUGAAGGCCAACUGGAUAAUAUUCCAUAUUGGAUCAAAUGUGGAGAGCAAAGCUGCUGGCCAGUACUAGCUCUCAUAAAAACACGCUGCGCCGUGGAAUUUGGCCUUGACGAGAUUAUCAAAGCCAAGAAAAGUUUUUGA